AACAUUUUUCUGUAGUGGGUUUGAAUUUGAUGUUGGAUCAAGUAAAAUGAUAAACUACGGGUGGCAAUUUAUAAUUUUUCCAGUUAUAAGCAAUUUGAGUUCCAGCAUCCAACCGCAACGGACAGCAUUUCAAAAAUAAAACAGAGCGGCAAAAACGAUUUCAUAAAUACAAAAGGGAGGGGAAAAAUUAAAAUUUCUGCCUCCAAAAUUGAUGGUCUGGGCUGUCCAACGGACCCGCUUUCACACUCUCCCUCAACCUCAAUGGCCAGAAUCAAACACACCGCGCCCCCCCGGGGCCGAAGGCGAAAAAAAUCCACUGAAACAGCUACCUCACCAACUUCACCAGCUACGCCAUCAACGAGUAGGUCCCCAGGUUCAAGGACAAGAACAACACAGGGAAAUGCUCCAUCAACUUCCACACCACAAACUCAGAGGAAACGGCAUCGCUUCAGGCCAGGAACAGUAGCUCUCAAAGAAAUUCGCCGCUUCCAGAAGACUUGGAAUCUGCUCAUACCAGCUGCUAGCUUCAUCCGAGUUGUAAAGAGUAUUACUGGUGAAUACUCCCAAGAAGUUAGCCGUUGGACAGCUGAAGCUUUAGUAGCACUUCAAGAGUUGUUGGUUUGUUUUUUUCUUGUAGGCAGCAGAGGAUUUUUUGGUCCAUUUGUUUGAAGAUGGAAUGCUAUGUGCAAUUCAUGCUAAGCGCGUUACAUUAAUGAAAAAGGAUUUUGAAUUGGCGCGUCGGCUUGGAGGGAAGGGACGACCUUGGUGAAAAUGCUAGUGUAACCAAGAGCGUCAUAACUGAUUAUUAUCAUUAUGAGAUGUAAUUCUGCUGUUCUUUGAUUGGUUUCCUGUUAUUGUAGGAUAUUAACAAUUAGGAAGUGUGAAAAUACUUGGCUGUCCUCACAUCAAUUUAUUUCUUAGUGUUGGAUACUGUAGAUUUCAUUCUCAGAAUAUUUCAUUAGAUUCGCAAAGUGUCGUAGGGUUACUUUUGAACCAGUCAGCCAUUGAUGGGUGUAAGCUGGCCUACGAACUAUGUAUACAUGGAAAUAUUGUUGUUAUAAAAGCUCAAGAAUUUGCGA